AUGUCCCCGAAGAGCAAGUCCCCAAAGCCUGUUCGAAAGCAUGUGACGACGGCGUGCAACCCUUGCAGAGAGGGCAAGGUGAAGUGCGACGGAGCCACUCCCACUUGCGGAAAUUGCGAGGCAAAAGCCAAGAGAUGCUCCUAUCGCCAAGUUGAUGACAGGCGCAAAAUCCCGGUACGAGUGAGCUUCGGUGUUCUGGCAAAGAGAAUCAAUCAGCUUGUUUUUUAUAUCGAAGGGCAGGGCCUGGAAAUCCCAUGCAUGGACGAGAGCGACAUUUUGAUGAUCGAAAGCAUAUUUGAUGCGCUUGGAAUGCAAUGUUAUGGUCUUGCAACUGGGAAGGAUACCUCGACCCCACUGCGGCACAUUGAUGUCGCCAAACAUGGGGAAGACGGUCCGCUUUCUCCAGGUGCAAUACCACCUCAUCAUUAUAACGCGGUUGCCGCUUCUUCCUCACCAUCCACCGGUGCAGAUCCGCAAGAGACUUUAGGCGCGCAGAACCUUGUAUCUUCAGUGGCACAGCCAGCGCAAAGCGAGCACGAAGAGGAUGAGGUCACUAAUCAGCUGUCUUGCCGAUUAGGACGGCUUCAAGUAAUGCAUGACGGACAGCUCCGGUACUACGGGUCCACCUCCAACCUCAACCUCCUGAAUAUCCUGGUCGGUGUCGCUCCGCCAUGCUCAACAAAUGCCCAGAAAGGAGCUCACGAAUCCUUGAAGAGUGCGGAGCUUGAUGUCCCAGUCGAUGAAACAUUCGAACAGCAUCUGCUGAAGCUCUACUUCACAUGGCAAGAUCCAUGUCUUCAUGUCGUGGACGAACAAGUUUUCUGGAGGUCGAGAGCACAGAAUCUGUACGAUGACUUGGAUACACCAUACUACUCUGACACCCUGGUAAAUGCUAUGUGUGCAAUCGGAGCUGCGUAUGAGCCCCGAUACCACCCGAGUCUUGUAACGUUUCCUCGAUCGCUCGCCGAAUUCUUUGGUGACCGUGCUAAAGUACUCCUUGAGUUGGAACUGGAGAAUCCGUCAUUGACCACAGUUCAAGCCUUGGUCAUCCUCGGUGGGUAUGAAGCCUCGUGUACGAGGGAUACGCGGGGCUGGCUGUACAGUGGUAUGGCUAUGCGACUGGCCUUUGAUCUUGGGCUUCAUCUGGACAUGGCUCCAUACGUGGCCAGAGACAUCAUCCCUUUGGAGGAUGCCGAAAUUCGCCGCCUGACCUUCUGGGGAGCAUAUAUGAGCGAACAGUUCUGGGGCUGGUACCUCGGCCGUCAUACUCGAAGCCCAUUGCCGGUGAUAACAGUCAAGAAGCUGGAUGGGUGCAAUGAUACAGGAGCCGAAAAGUGGGAGCCAUAUGGCUCCCCGACCGCCUCGAACAACAUAGCCGCUAUUCCAUGCACAUUAGGGAAGCUAUCCUACGAGUGGAUCUCUCUCUAUGAUCUCCCAUUGCCACUUACUGAUGUUUUAUAUGGCUGCUCUUCUAUCUCCAUACGUGAAAUGCAGGAGCUAGCAGCGGAUACAGUCAAGAAGCUCAAGUCUUGGAAGGCUGAUUUGCCAGCAGAGCUGAACUUUGACAAAUUCGAGAGUGGAGUUCAACCUCUUCCGCAUGUGCUGGCUCUAAACAUGCAAUAUUAUCAACUGAUGAUCCAUUGUCACCGUCCGUACAUCUCUCACGUUAUCCAGCCUCAGCCACCUCAGGGUCCAGGCUCAGGGCAUGCACGCAUGACGUGCAUCGAGUCGGCGAUAUCGAUAGCGAAACUCCUCGCCCUCUAUGAGCGACACUAUAGUUUCCGCCGGGCCAAUUACCUAGUUGUGUCAUUCGUCUUCUCGGCUGCACUAAUCCUUAUUUUCAUCACGGUACCUGUGAAAGGUAAUGACGAAGAUCAAGAGUUGAUGGAGCAUUUGAACACUUGCUUCCGUGCGUUGGAUGAGAUGGGCAGUCACUUCGAGAAUGCGAGACGCACGAAUACCUUUCUCACAACUCUGCAGCGCGACUGGCAGUAUAUUCGGCGAAAUACGAAGGUAUCUUUAGGGACCAAGAGGAAGUUGCCGUACUCGUUCACAACGACUGACCGUCAGACUAUGGAUCGAGAUGAGAGUCCCCUACGCUCGACACAUGAUCAGAGCUGGUCUGCAGGAGCGGUAGGCCGAACCGGAGAGCAAGCAGAUAUUGACCUUCAACACUCAACUGGUCUUCCUUCCAUCGAUGAUGGCUUGUCUUACUCUCUGGAUUUCAUGGAGUCUGGUUUGUGCAAUAUCCUUCUCAGCGAGGGGAUUCCGAGGACAUUCGAGUAG